UGGCUCACUGAAAAGCUACGGAAGGUGUGACACGAAGGCGGAGGAAGGAGGGAAACGAAACCAUUCCUGCCCCUGUUGAGUUCAGCAGUGAUGAGAAUGCAGAAUUAUUCCUGAUAAACACUGAGGUGCACGCUCUAUUCAACAUGUGCCAAAGUGGACUAUUUGAAAGCUGUAGGUUCUCAUAUUUGUGGUCACAUUUCAGACCUUCUGAGAGAAAGGCUGGAGGGAGAGCUCUGCAAUUGGCUUCUUUAAAUAGGAAGCAAGGCUGGGAUUUGAACUAAGCCCAGAGUUGUACAGACAACAGGUGCUCGCCAUGCCAAGAGAUCCAGGUAUAUGGCCUGGUAAAAGCAGAUAAUGGAUUUCCUAUCAGGAAUUCAGUUCAAGAAGACUAGUUACACGUCGGUGUUGUGAUGAAUAUGCCAUCGCAUCAGAUCUCUUCCAAACCCACUCGGGAUGCAACUUUUUGCCGAAUCUCUAGGAACAAGAUCAGAGAGAAAGAACAGCUUCUCUCGAGCGUCUGCCACGCCAUCCAGUCGGGACAUCUUUCCAGUGCAGUGUGUUAUGAAUGUUGUCAUCACAGUCCAGUGCAGUCUGCUGUUGUGUUGAAAAGUCCAGUCUGCCAGAAUUCUCUGUCCCCAGGGACUCCUGUGACAGUAAUCUUUCAGGAUCCGGCGCAGGCUCCCAAGAGGCAUCUUCAUGGCCAGGACUGGGUCCUUGCUGUCAAGUGCAAUCAUGGGGAAACCACCCGAUCCCUGAAAUUCUCCAAGUCCCUCAACGACAUGGACCAGAGUACAGUUGGAAGCUUUAGCUAUGCGGAUCAGACGUGUCCAGAAGACAAACUGACACUAAACCAGGAGCCGUAUUUAAGGCUUACCAAAUGCUACCCCAUGGAGAAGAAACCGCUGAGCUUCAGACCCUUUUCUCUGAAUCGUGCCAGACCCUCUUACUUCCAGUCGCUCACCACCCUUUACUUGAGCCCUUCUGGGGCUAGUGACACGCAAAGUGCAGUAAACAUCCCCCUUCUGGACGACAAGCGUGACCACGAAAUGUUUCGGAGCGUGAAGCUGCUGCGCUACCUUUUCUCCUUCUCUCGUAACUCCAGUGCAGGUGGUCAUGAGCUGGAGAACCACUCAGGCCACCUCCGGUCCGAGAAGUCCUCCAGCGUGCUGAUCGAGAGCGCCGGUUUCUGCUCAGACGACAUGGGGGAUGACGACGUCUUUGAGGAGGGGGCCUCGGGGAGGCUGGAGGCUUGUGAGCUGCGGGCGCCACUUUGCUCGGUUGAAAAGGAUAGUGACCUGGACUGCCCUUCCCCGUUGUCCGAGAAGUGCCCCCCUCUCUCCCCUGUGUCUGUGUCUGGGGAUGCAUGCAGGAUAUGCCACUGUGAAGGAGACGAAGAGAGUCCUCUAAUCACUCCGUGCCGCUGCACGGGGAGCCUUCACUUUGUCCAUCAGGCGUGCCUGCAGCAGUGGAUCAAGAGCUCAGACACGCGGUGCUGCGAACUCUGCAAAUAUGAAUUCAUCAUGGAAACCAAAAUGAAACCUUUACGAAAAUGGGAGAAGCUGCAGAUGACGGCCAGCGAGCAGCGGAAGAUCAUGUGCUCCGUGACUUUCCACGUCAUUGCUAUCACUUGCGUGGUGUGGUCUCUCUAUGUCCUUAUAGACCGGACUGCUGAAGAGAUUAAACAUGGGCAGUCGACUGGGAUUCUUGAGUGGCCAUUUUGGACUAAACUGGUAGUGGUGGCUAUUGGUUUCACUGGAGGACUUCUGUUCAUGUAUAUUCAGUGCAAAGUCUACAUACAGCUAUGGAAAAGACUUAAGGCUUAUAACCGUGUAAUAUAUGUACAAAACUAUCCAGAAAGUAACAAAAAGAGUACAUUUGAAAAAUCUGCAAUAACUGAGCCAAACACUGAAAACAAAGAUGUGCUUGGAUGUCACCAUGCAGAGACGAACGGUUCAUACUAUACAGAGCAUGAAGACUACAGAACAGAUGUUUUCCACGUCUGAUUCUUAUACUUGAAGAUCUGCCCAAGUGUCAUCUACCCUGCUCAGCUAUUCAAAAUCAGCUGAGGUCUACCAGGUGAACUUUUUUUCUUCCCUUCUGUACACCUAAACAUAAAUAUAUCAUUACUGCAAGUUGCCUUGAAACAAGAAAUGAUAGGUUUCAUGAUAAGGGAUGUAUGUCAGACAGAAGGUCAUUUGUCUGUCCAUGCUAAACAACUGCCACAUUUUGGACUUUUUCAAAACUACCCCCAAAUAUUCCCGAAUUCUUUCAAAAACAUGAAAUAGUUGGAAGAAUUGCUUCAAUCACUACAGGAAGUAUUUGUGAGAUAAAUAAUCCACUGAGCCAUUUCAUACAAGGUGUCCUUUGCUGGGCUAUAUUGUUUCAAUUUCUGUGUCCAUAUGGUGUGGGUGUGGGCUUGUGUACGCAUCCUGCACCUAGGAAACUUGCACGGCUGGGGGAAGAUCCUUUCUGUUAAACUACACCAUCCCACACGGAGAGUCUCUAGUUGCACUACUCAGGGCCAGAAUUGAUCUUCCGUGGAGGGGGGAGAGACCUGGAUCAGGGAAUGACACAGCAGGGGGUGGGGGUGGGGGUGGGGUGGGGGUUACCAGGCUGCUUUCCUGAUCCAGGUCCCCCUGCAUAGACGGCUCCUUUGUCAGCCUAAACUGCCGCUCUCUUAACAUCUGUAACACAGCGAGAGAGAGAUUUCACAUGUUCCAGCUUUAAAUCCACCCUGUUCCUAGUAUUACAGCAACCUUGUUCUAAAAGUGACUCGAAAAUCAUAGAACAUUUCCAAUUCAUUUUUAUUCUAGAAUACAUUUAUGAACUUACAAUAGAAUUAUUCCAUAAUAAAAUGAAAAUAAUCUGAUUUUAACACAUUCGUUCGAAUUUUUACCAAAGACCCACUUCUAACAUAGACCCUAACUAGUUGCCUUGUUUUUUAAUGUCACAGUCUGUAUUAAGUUCAUAAAAAUUGUAAGCAUAGCACUGAAUGCUUUCUUGAAUUUUUUUUCCUAGGGUCAUAUUUUUCAAGGACGUGUCUUUUGUAACACAGAAUAAUGGAUGUAACUACAGAUUAAGUGUUUAAAUAUGUAAAAUGGUUUCAGUGUUCCGAUUUGCUUGUUUUAAGAGUUAAGAUUCAGCUAAAAGACCAUUGUCCAUCCCUAAUAUAAAUUUAAUUAGUUGUACAUAGCAGAACAGACCACUUUGGUUGCAAUACCAUCUGUGUAGGUCAUCUUUCAUUUUUGUCUGAGAAUUUCAAUAUGAAGUUUUACAAGCACUGAUGAAGAACAUGCAAUCAAUUUUUUAAAAUAUGGGACACUGAAAUGUUUGUAUGUUGUCAUAGUGGUGGUGGUUCUUAAUUAAAGUUUUUACAGGUAACUCAAACUCUGCCUAAAAGGGCUAUUAAAACCCAUUAAAUGGUCUCUAGGCUCCUAUUUAAAAUGUGUGCAUCUUAAUACAUAUUUAAAAAUAAGCAGGGGGGGUGGAAUUAAAGGAAAAAAACAAGACAAGAAAGAAAAAGAAAUAUCAGUAUAAUUAUACAAAAUACUGUCUUUCCAAAAUUAGGAUCCUUUACCAUGUCUGAAAAGUAUUUGAUUUAUAUGGGCCCACUAAAUUUUAACACCCCUUAAAAAAAUUAGCUUUGAUUUUCCAAUAUAAUGCUGCAAAUCAAAGUUCAUCUAACAAAGACAAACAACAUGAAUUGCUAUACUAGACCCUCAAAAUUGAAUUGUGAAAACUUGAUGAUGGUUUGUUACUCUAGAUUUUAAUCAUAAAAACGGAGGGACUUGAUUUUGAAAUAGACUUUUGGAAGGGCUUGUACGGACAUCACAGGGAAUUCGCUUUUUGUGCAUGUGCUAGGUCCUUCACUUGUCUGGAACUAGGACACCAGCUUGGAAAAUGCGGUAAUUUGUUGACUACAACUUGACUGUCCUUCUCUUCCAUUUUGUAUCUGGAGGUACCGUGAUACCUCAUCCUUUUACAAUACACGCAGGCUAACUAUUUUUCUCCCAGACCUGCCCGUUUCACUUCGACUAUCCUAUGUCUCACGCAUCCUAAAGUGCAAUUAUAUGGACGUGUUCCUUUCUGUUAUGCUGGAGCCCAAAUAACUUGUUUUUCUGAGAUAAAUAUCAGAAAAUGAACUCAGGUUGGAUAAAAUAUCAAGCCUCAUAUAAGCAAGGGCUGAACUUUUAAUUCAGAAAGUGGACUUUUAAAUUACUGACAUUCUUCCCAUCAUUUCCGCUAAGGGCACUGCACCCCCGUUUCCUCUUUUUGAGCUUACGUGCAUUGUCCAGAUUCUUGUACAUCUGCUUUUGGGAACAAAGGCUGAACAGCAAGAUUAGUUACUAGAAGAAAGGCUGGAACGCCGUGUAAGAUCUCAAGUACCACUCGCUACAUCACCAUCUUGCAAUACAAGGAUUUUUAUUAUGGCACAGCAUCAGCUCCUGGGGCUGGGACUCUCGUGGUGCCCUCCCCCCCAUGUGGCCCCCUCCGGUCCUGGGCGUUCAGUUUCUUCAAUAAUUUCCUCUGGUUCAGGUGCCCUUACUCCAGCCUAACCGGCAUCUGAAGGUUUGGGCUUUGAAAUCCAUUUAUCAACAUGGGAGUUUACUUGAACAUUGGCAAAAUCUCUGGCUUAAGUUCACAAGUUCUGGAUCGUUGCUUAUUCAGGGACCCUAGUAAGAAUACUCGCAAACAAGUUGCUGCUAGAUAUGCAGAUAUUUUCAGUGAGACAUUUUAAAACUUUGAUAUUUGUCAGCAUCUGGAUAAUCCAGUUAAAUGCUGAAACAUAGUCGUGUUUAUAGGUUAACAACUGUUUGCAAUUCACAUUGUACUUAAACUUUUUGUAGCUAAGUUGUUGUAUAUUGCUUUACACUGGCAUAUAGUUAAACUUUCUAUACGGCGUUUUACAGUCCAGAAUUUUUGUGCUGUAUAAAAAUUCUAGUGACCUAGUUUUCACUCAGAGCUUCUCAUUGUUGCAGUGUAGCGUUGCUGGGCAGUAGGGGCAGGUUUUUUAAAAACUGUACUUCUCAGUUGUGUUGAAUGCAGAAGGUAUUAACUGCAGCAAUAAAGUGUUUUUAUAAAAUGCAAGUUGUGCAAAAUGUUUUCUUGCCAAUAAACUGAGACUAAAUAUUCUA